AUGACUGCAGAAUUCCAGAUGGAAGUAUGCCAGGUUGAUGUUGACACAGAAUUCUGGGACAAUGACUGGGGAGCUCCAAAGGGGUCAACUUUGGUAAUGGCAGAAUUUUGGUGUUUGCAUCCCUAUUUUGGCCUCAGGGAGUAUACCACUCCCUACACCUCCCAGGGUCUUCAAAUGCUGACUGUCCUCAGUCAGAGAUUCUUGCUUCCUUUGCCAACUACCAUGCAAGCUUACUCCAUCAACAAUAUGUGCCCCAUGUUCAGCAUGAGGGACCAGGUGACCACAGUGCUCACCACAGCUCUAGGGCACAUCUGGGAGCUGAUUGAGGCAGUGCCACAGCCAGAGGAGAGUUUGGAGACUGUCUAUGUGUGGGUGGAGGACUGGGACAAGACAUGGGUGACUAAACCUUCCACAGUAGCCAGCAUUCACUCAUGGUGGAGAUAUGUCAAUGACAAUGGAAUUUCCAUACCAAAGGUUUGUGAUAAGUGCAUGCAUGACUACACCAAGGAAUCUGUGAUGUGCCAAAACCUUCUAGUCCUGGGUGCCAUUGCCAUUGCUGACCUCUGGUGCCCAGUGGAGCAGAGAUGGAUCUACAUUAACAUCUUCGAAGACUACCAGGAGAGGGUAGAGUUGAGGGCACAGCUUGAGGCAGAGAGGUUGACAAGAGAGCCUUCUACAUGCAUGUGCAGACAGGCAGCAAUGGCAAUAGGUGAAGGUCAAGGCUGUGCACCCAGUGACACUGGAGCAGGGGAGUCUUUGAGGGGGACUGGAGGACAAGUGAGGCAACAUACAGAUAGUACAGGCAAGGGGAAGGGUAAGGAAAAGGCCAUGGACAAAGUCAAUGAGCUGGAGAAUGAUGAAGGUGACCACCCACCUAACCCAGACCCAUCAAAAGCUGGUGCUCCAGCACCUUAUGCCAACCUUCCAUGCAGGGAGUGCACAAAGGGCUACCUGGGGAGUUGUGCGAGUGAUGCAGGCAGGCCAAGCAGAAGUGCAGCCAGUCACAUAACACAGUGCAAGAACACUGGUAGUGGAGAGACAGCUGCUGGGCCAUCACACAAACAGACCAAACCAACUGGAUUAUUGGACAAUCCAACUGCACCUGAUGUCAGUGUGCAGGACCUGUCCAAAGUUCCCCCAGUCAAAGAAACUCUGCUGGUCACAAACCUGGGUGAUAUGACUACACAUGAGGCUCUUGCUGAGUGCAUUCAACUUCUGGAGAACAGGGCAGAUGAUGAAGAGUUUGAACUGACCCAGAUCCAUCAGAUGCUGGGCUGUUGGCUAUGCAAGUAG